AUGAAAGUUGAUUUUUCAAGGGUGAAUGAAGUCAUCAUAUAUGAUGUACAUGGUACUAUUGAAGAACUUGAGCAGUUCACCAAAAUGAUUGAGAGAUGGGAUACAAGCAUGGAAGAUCUCCCUGAUUACACGAAAGUUUGGUUUGAGGCACUAUUUGUUUCCUUGAGUGAAAUUGAGGAAGAAACAACCAAGGAAGGGAGAUCUUACUGUGUGUCUUAUGCAAAAGAAGCGGAAAAGAAUCAAGUUAGGUCCUACAUCAUUGAAGCAAGAUGUUUUAACGAAGAUCAUGUGCCAACAUUAGAAGUAUACAGGAAAAAUGGGGUGUUUAGCUGUACUUACCCUUUGCUCACAGUUUCAUCCUUGUGUGGGAUGGGCAAAAUCGCUUCAAAGGAGGUGUUCGAUUGGUUGUUCACUCAUCCUAAAAUUCUGGCAUCUACAUCUGAUCUAUUCAGGCUCAUCGACGAUGUGGCAUCUCAUGAAUUUGAACAUGAAAGAGGCCAUGUGUUGAAUGCUAAGGUUCUCCAAGUUUUUCUUAAUUUUGCUCGUGUGGCCGAUGUCUUCUACAGUGAUUAUGAUGCUUUUACAGAGUCUAGAACCAUGGCAAAAGAUAUGCUGGCUGCUUUGCUCAUCAAUCCAAUGCCCAUUGAAUAA